UCUUCAUCCAAUUCUUUUUCUACAUCUUUUCUAGCCAAAUCAAAAGCUUUAUCUACAUGAUAAAUUCGUAGUGAAUUUCGACGAAAGGGAGUUCUCUAGCUAUUUCACACUGUCGUUAUCGAGUCUACUAAGCUAACAAGUGAGCCAUCACUAAAACUAACACAGUAUCUAGCUUAUUCUGAUCACAAUAUAUCAGAUACGAUUGGAUGGCCCCCCAACCGCCCUCUUUCGGCUCUCAAAAAUACUGGGAAACGCGAUUCGCCUCUAAUUCCCAACCUUUUGAAUGGCUAGAGGCGCCGUCAGCUUUGGAUACCUACCUUCUAGAGGCUUUCAAAACUUCCGGCGAUAAGAAACCAGAAAUUUUACAUAUAGGAUGUGGAACUUCAUUACUUUCACAUCAUCUGUGCGAGCUUGUCGGUGAUCCCGAACGUAUACACAAUAUAGACUACUCUCCAAUUGCAAUCGAUAUUGGAAAGAAAAGGGAGAUCGAAGCUCACAGUACGCACACUGGACAGGAGCCUCCAGGAUCUCCACCGAAAUCACCUCAACCAAAGUACAUGCGCUGGUCGGCCAUCGACUUACUUGAUCCUAAUUCCUUGCUGGAAGUCUGCAAUGAAGCCAGCUAUUCAGUAUUCGUCGACAAAUCAACUUCCGAUUCGAUAUCCUGCGCAGAUGAUGUCGAUAUCAAACUUCCUUACUCAAUCAACACAUCUAAAUCCCCCAUACGCUCAGGAUUAAAUGUGUCACCGGAGGCAAUUCAUCCAUUACAUAUCUUAGCGAUCCAUCUCGCGUUUCUGGCGAAGCCAAAGGCCCGCUGGUUAGCUCUGUCAUAUUCUCUAGAUCGGUUCCCUUUCUUGCAGCCUCCACUUAAAGCAUCUGGGACAGGUUCUAGUCGGACGGAUGAUCUUGAUGAUAUUCCAAAGAAUAUCAUAGACAAUGGACUUCCAGAUCCAGCGUUGUUGUGGAAACUAAUCAAGACACACGAGAUCGAGGUCCCGUCUGAGCAGCCCAAUCAGCCGAAGAUAUCACACUUAUUGUACAUACUUCAGCGGACGGAUGUGCCGUUGUUUGUUAUCGAUCAGAGCAUAGACAAUGUCAUCUAGAUGCCGGCGACAUUCAAUAUUGCAUCAUAAAAUCAUAGUAUAUUCACUAAGCGUCAUUCUAUCUUACCAAUGCCCUCAGACGUGGUUCUAGAUGCCAUGAAUAAUACGUUCCACAAGAUUGCAAUACCCACUCAGUCAUCCUUCUUCAACCAUUCAGAUGACGCCUCAUAGAUAGCCGAGAACGAGUUGUCCAAAGAAAGAAAUCGUUCAAAGACAUCCACCUCCACACGCUUUAGAAAGUGCAAAAAUGCAACAAAAAUGAAGUCCGCGUACGAUACUAUAUCCAAUGAGUCAUUUUGUCAAUCAAACAUG